AUUUACAUAACAACAAAAAUGGCAACAGUACACGAGUUUUUACCUAUUGAAUUCGACUAUUAUGGAGAGUUAAGUAUUCGUUCGAGACUUGCUGAGGCCAGACGGUACAGCCGCUUCCAUGCGGUAGUCCUCCUUCAGCGAAUAGUCCGAGGACAUUUAAUAAGAAAACAUUUUGCAUGGCUAUCGAAAAAUGCCCUUACAAUACAAUGCGCCUUUCGAAUGCAUCUCGCUCGUAAAGCGUAUAGAAGAGCUUUGAUACAAGCGGUACGGAACAAACAUAACAAAAGAUAUAAUCAAGCUGCAACAAAGAUACAGGCGUUAUGGCGGGGUCAUUAUUCAAGAAACAAGAAAUUCUGUUACUAUUCUUACCGACGAUGGUUACGUGAAGUGACCGAACGCGGUAAGAGACGAGCAGCCGAAGCUGUUGAAUUCGGCAUCAGAACAAAGGUCGAUGACCUCAAAGCGUUGGAAGAAGAAGCAAGAAAAUGGCUCGCUUUCGUCGUCUUCAAGUUACAUCACCUACUCAGGACGUACGUCCGGGCCGGUAUAUAUUCGAAAACUGGAACAAGCGAGCUGUCAGAGUUUGAAAACCUUUUAAAUUCAAUACGUUACACGGAAUAUAUGAAACGUUUGAAAAAGAAAUAUGACGAGUUCGUGCGAAAAUAUCGUCCGCGUUUUUCCAACAAACGAUUGUUUCCAAUAAUAGGAAAUGGAGAAGAUUAUUGGUACCUGUCUCUACCUGAAAUGUACGAACUGACUGCACAGCCUCCAGAAGUUGAAGAUACGCGUCAUAUUAAUGAAUAUCACGGUCCUAUCCAUAAAAAACCGUUUUUAUGGAGGAAAGUGACACGGUCUAAGCUUUCAGAAGGUCGAGGACCAUUUAUUGCGACAAGAAUACCUUCAAAAGAAUCUUUAAAAAUUGAACCACGUGAUCCACGUUUCGAUCUUUACGUCCAACAUUACAAGCCACAACCGAAUAUUUUCGAUUAUGUCGAUUAUCAUAUAAAUAUCGUAUUAAUGAAAAAACACAAGAUUCAAAAAAUGUAAAUUAAGGUUACUUAAAUACAAAAUAUAAAUCCUUGACAUCUAGAUGUUAGGAAGGAUUGCAGAUGUUACGUAUGAUUCUGUUAAUACUAAUAGGUUAUUUUAAUAGCUAUGUUUGGUGCAAUGUAAUUAUCAAAAUGCUACGUAUUUCAAUUAUUUUCUUGGCUCAUAGUUUCUAUAGUCAAAAUAACAUAACGACUUCCUACAGGCCGCAUUUCUACCUUAUCAUGGAAUUUAACAACCUCUUAAUCUCCACGAACAUUCAAAUUUAUGCUUGAUACUUACCAAACUAUUUCGGUACAAUAUUGUAACUUUAAUAUUGAUACAGCAAAAUAAAACACAAUUUUAUUAAUGACUGAAAUAGCUUGUACCAAAACACUUGGUUAAAAACAUGUUUUUUAUUAUACUUUUUAUUUUUCUUGUUCGGAAAUCCGUAAUCAGGCUGCUAAGUUUGGAAGGGUCGUCCGGAUGUUGCGGCCCGCGAGCCUUUUGUUGUUUCGCUUUUGUUGUUGUGAAUUUUACACUUGUAAUUUAUUUCAGGAAACGCCUUGGUGAGAAAAAAAAAUUACAUUAAACUCUCGAAAGUAAAAUGUGUUUUGCAAAUUAACAUUUCAUUCAAGAUGACGUAAGUGUUUUAUUUGCGAAAGGUAAAUGUGAUUCUAUUCAAAACAUUAUAACAAGUAAAUUGUACAGAACAAUUUAAUAACGUUCUUUCAUUCUCAUUGAAGUCUACAGGGAUAUUAAAACAAUGAUAUUUAACACUCCGUAUAACUAGCAAGAUUCAAAUGUAACAAAGGUUGAGCCCAACUGUAGGAUUUACUC